AGAGAUCCAUAUCAAACUUUAUCACCCGGCUCGCAUUCCGAUCAUCUUCGUUUACGAAUACAUACGAAAGUAAGGAAUAGUGAGAACGCUAGAUACGUAUGGCUAGUGUUGCUAUGUUUAUCUUGUUAGAUUCAUCGUGCCCCUGCUACUAUGGCGACAUGGGAGACCACUCUCCUCAUCCGAUGUGUUUCCCACGCAGACGUGCGGGUACCGCCGGUCCAUGCGCGACUAUUGGAGGUAUUCCGGCGAGAUGUGUUUUCUUAUAUGCCUUCAUCGCUCGAAUAAUACGAGCGAUGUCGAGCCCAACGUCGAUUUUAGUCCAAGGCACUGUAAAAGAUCAGGCAAAAGCUUGGGCACUAACGAGGCUCUGACCUGGUUCCAGCUUGACAGAUCACCUGAACGACAGAAUCGUCGCUUGCUUUGGUAUGCAUUUUUAGGAGCUCGUCAGAGCGGCGGAAACUGGGGAUGCGUG